CAUCGAAGGCACUCAACAUGUAUUUGUGAGGUGAAAGGAUGGCUGGCUGGAUGAUGGAUGAGGGCCAUCUUAUAAGAGAGAAAGCUUAGUCUGAGGACAAGAUGGUUAAAAUGUCCAUGUAACAGAUACCCAGAGAAAAUGAUGGCCUCUUCUUGCGAAGUCAGACUUCUGAGGAGCGGACUGGUCUGUAGCCUAGGAGAGGCAAGGUACCUAAGCCAGGAAUGGGGAACUUUGGGAUGACAUAACGAACUCUGGGGGUCACUUCCCUUUUUGUCUGGAUAAAAGGUCUUUGGGGAGACAGCUGGCUGGGAGCACCUGUCCCACCAGGGUGAGCGUGCAGGAUGAAGACUGCUGACAGCGAGGUCCUUGACGCGCACUUCACAGUGGACAAACAGAACGUCUCCCUUUGGCCUCAAGACCCUCCUCCCAAGACAUGUCCGUCCCAGGUUCUGGGGAGACUCCUCACGGUCCGCACUGUGGUCGUCUUCCUGACGCUGGUCAUGGUCACCUCUGUCCUGCUGCAGGCCAUUCUCUAUCCCUGGUUCAUGGGCACAAUAUCAGAUGUCAAGACCAAUGCCCAGUUGCUGAAAGCUCGUGUGGACAACAUCAGCUCCCUGAGUUCUGAGAUCAAGAGGAACAGAGGUGGCCUGGUGGCAGUGGGCAUUCAGGUCCAGGUGGUGAAUGCCAGCUUGGAUCGCAUAAGUUCUCAGAUCCGGAGGUUGGAAACAGGCUUGAAGGAAGCCAGUGCACAGCUGCAGGUGCUAGCAAGUAGUUGGAAAGCAGUCGAUGAGUUAAAUGCCCAAAUCCCAGAGCUAAAACAAGAUUUGGAUAAAGCCAGUGCUUUAAAUGCAAAGGUCCGGGAACUCCAGAGCGGUUUGGAGAGUAUCAGCAAAUUGCUUCAACAGCAAAAUGACAUUCUCCAGGUGGUUUCUCAAGGCUGGAAGUACUUCAGGGGGCACUUCUAUUACUUUUCUCAAAUCUCGAAGACCUGGUACAGUGCCCAGCAGAUCUGUAUAUCCAGGAACUCCCACCUGACCUCGGUGACCUCAGAGAGUGAACAGGAGUUUCUCUACAGGACGGCAGGCGGACUUCCCUACUGGAUCGGCCUGACCAAGGCAGGGAGCGAGGGGGACUGGCACUGGGUGGAUGGCACUCCGUACAACAAGGUCCAGAGUGAGAAGUUCUGGAUUCCAGGUGAGCCCAACAACUAUGGGAACAACGAACACUGUGUCAACCUAAAGACUUCCGCACUGCGGUCAUGGAAUGAUGCCUCCUGUGACAAUACAUUUCUUUUCAUCUGUAAGCGAUCCUAUAAACCAUCAGAUCCAUGACCGGACUGGCCCCUGUGCUAGCACUUUAAGCUCCAAUGCUCAUUGAAGUCAAGGAAAUGCUCCUCUCUCCCUUGUCCUCCAAGGUGAUUUUGAACCUUAAUUUUUCAUGCUUUAAAAUUGUCCUGAAGGCAUCCCAGAGUCCAUCUGCCUUGGCUGGGAAUUCUCUGGCCUCACAGUGGAUAUCCUUUCCCAGAGUCCAUCUGUCUUGGCUGGGAAUUCUCUGGCCAAAGGAUAUAGUGGAUAUCCUUUCCACUUCAGCUUCAAAGGCAGAUGAAGUGGAAAGGAUAUCUUGGGUUGAAAUGUGGAGGUGAGGGUAGAGAGAAUGAGAAGUUUGCACUGCCCCAGUGAGAUGGACCAUGAUACACCAUCUGGGGCAGCACCCUGGGCGGGGGGUCUGUCCCUUUGGAGAAGCCUCAGCUUCACUGGGUGAAAUUUGUGUACGACCAUCCCAGCGAUUCUCCAGAGACUGAGACUCUGGGCAUUUCCAGCUGAUACCCCAGAAUUCCCAGUUGCCUUCCUAAGUGUUCUCAGUGGGAAGAGCUCUGCUCUUGGUAGGCCCUGUUCAUGCCUUGUACCCAUGGCCCCCGUCAUCCUUAUCCUCUGAGACCUGAGCCCCUUCCUCCCUGGGAUAGGCUUGACUGGUUCAGGUCACGGGCUGAAUGGAAACGUGUCUCUGCAGACCUAGACCAGUAUCCACGUGCUUCUCCCUACCCAUCACUUGCUGGGUGCUGCUCCCCGGGUCCCAGUCUGUCUGCCCAGCUCCUCUGCCUUGGUCCCUGGGCCUUCUCUUUCUUCUGCAUCUCCUCUCUCCCCAGGGGUCGGGGGAAGCGGCCUUCAGUGGAGAGGGUACCCCAGCUUCAUUAGAAUAAAAUGCUGCCUGGGAACAUUUUCUUCCUGGGGGUACAGGUGGAUGUGUGGGGUGGAGGGGACAUUUGCUCCACUGGAUAUGAAGUUCUGGGGUGUCCUCAGGAAACAUUUAGGGGUUCAAAUAACAGUCAGAAAGUCCCAGCCCUGGAAAUGCCAUAAAACAUGAGCAGUACUUAUCUUUGGUUUUUACUGAAAUGCAGCCGAAUAGGACUGCAGUGUCUGGUGUGUCACCACCCUCUGGAUGGUCUUUCUUCUUAGACAUUCGUAGACCAGCUUCUGUUCUCUGGCUUUGCACUGGAUGGGGAGAUGCGUCAGAUCUCCCAUUCUUCACAGAGACCCUGAUCACAGCCACCACGUCCAAAUCUGCCAUCCAGGGGCCGAAGCAGGAAUCC